GCUUCCACCAGCUCUACUGUGUACUGUAGGGACCCCGUUGCUAUAUUUACUUUGUUCUCUGGCUUACCUCGUGUCUUUUCACCCGUCAGCACUAGCAUAUACAAAGCCAGCCCGAUAUAAACUCAAUUGAUCUUUCCGCUGGCCCAUUUGCUUUGUAGAACCAACAAAGUGCAGCAAACCCACCCAAUUGCCCCUCCAUUCAACCAUAUAGCGAAGACCAAGACCAUGGCACCGAAAUCAUUCACUCCCGAGAACGUCGAGGCCCAGAAGGCCAAGUACGAAAAGGCUGGCCAGGGUCAAGUCCACGCCUUCUUUGACUCUCUCUCGAAUUCCGAGCAGGAGUCUCUCUACAACCAACUCGAGGGUUUUGAUCCCGAGGAGAUCAACCAGAUCACCGACCGAGCUCUAAACCCUCCCAAGAGCGAUGGCAAGCCCGACACUGUCGAGCCACUGCCCGAGUCAGCCACUGCCAGUAUCCUCGACUCGAGCCCCGAGGACCUCCAAGCGUGGUACGAGCAUGGUCUCCAAUUGAUCUCGGAGAACAAGGUUGCUGUAGUGCUCAUGGCUGGCGGUCAAGGCACAAGACUUGGAAGCAAGGCCCCCAAAGGUUGCUUCGAUAUCCAACUGCCUUCCCACAAGUCUCUGUUCCAAAUUCAAGCCGAGCGUAUCCUGAAGGUCCAAGAGCUGGCACAGAAGAAGCACUCUCCCAAGGAGAAGGUUGUGGUGCCAUGGUACGUCAUGACCAGUGGCCCUACUAGGGGUAACACACAAAACUUCUUUGAGGGCAAGUCUCUCGGCGAAAUUCUGCCAAACGACACUGAGGAGGCUCGCCAGAAGCGUGGUGCCUACUUUGGUUUGAACAAGGACGAUGUCAUGAUCUUCGAGCAAGGUGUCUUGCCCUGCAUUUCCAACGAGGGCAAGAUUAUGCUUGAGAGCAAAGCCAAGGUUGCCGUGGCUCCUGAUGGCAACGGUGGUCUCUACAAGGCAUUGUACCAGGCUCCUAUCACAUCUAAGUUUGGUUCAGAGGUCGAUACUGUCUUGAAGGACAUGAAGAAGCGUGGUGUCGAGCACAUCCACGCUUACUGUGUAGAUAACUGCUUAGUCAAGGUCGCUGACCCGCUCUUUAUUGGUUUCUCAGCUGCCAAGGGUGUAUCUUUGGCCACCAAGGUCGUCCGAAAGCGCCAUGCCACCGAAUCGGUUGGCUUAAUUCUGUCCAAGAACGGCAAGCCCGACGUUGUUGAGUACUCCGAGAUCGACAGCGCAACGGCUGAGGCAGAGGACCAGGGCCAGCCUGGCGUCCUCAAGUUCAGAGCUGCCAACAUUGUCAACCACUACUACUCCUUCAAGUACCUGGAUGGCAUGGACUCGUGGAUGGGCAAGCUGCCUCACCACGUUGCCCGCAAGAAGAUUCCCUGUGUCGACCCAUCGUCCGGUGAUGACGUGAAGCCGUCCAAGCCUAACGGCAUCAAGCUCGAGCAAUUCGUCUUUGACAACUUCCCUCUGCUUGAGCUGAGCGAUUUUGCUUGUCUCGAGGUCAAGCGUGAGGAUGAGUUCUCGCCCUUGAAGAAUGGCACUGAUGCCAAGGAUGACAACAUGAUCACUAGCAAGCAGGACAUUAUGGGUCAAGGAAAGAGGUGGGCUGAGGCUGUUGGUGCCACUGUCAACAACGGUGCCAGCGAGGGUCUCGAGAUUUCCCCUCUGACGAGCUAUGGUGGUGAGGGCCUGGAAAGUCUGAAGGGCAAGACAAUCUCAGACGCUGCCAUUUAAGGUGCUUCCCACAUCACUGACAUUAAGGAUCAAGUCCGGUCUCGUUGAUGUACAAAAGCGUAUCUGUGCUAUAAGUUAUGAGGCAUAUAUAGAGCAAAAUCAAAAGACCUCGUGAAUGACCAAAUCGU